GUUAUGUUCCUAGCAACACUUUAUAAAUACAUCAUAAUUGCUUUAACUCUUUUUUAACUUUUUUGGCGCUGAUUUAAAUGCAUUACAUCUGAAAAGACAAUCUUACAGAGACACACGCUAAACCAUAUAGCUAAGAUAGUGUAUUUUCUUCAUUUAUGUUCCAAAUCUAAGUAACAAGAUUUUUAACAUGAAUAUUAUUUCGAGAUCCUUAGGAACUUCUUUUCUCCAAUGUCAAAUCAAUUUCAUAAUUACCUAACGUCACUGGGUAGGUCUAAAUCUUCAAACCCACCAGCAUUUCAGCGUACUUGUAAGGGUAAAGGUAAAAAAGCAAUGUUCAAAUAAACCAUGAUGUUCGCAAAAACUUUUUCUUUUAAUCUAUUUCAGGUCGCAGCUCAGCUGUUGCUCCUCAGUGUCUCAACCGUGUUUGGAUUCUCUGGAGGUCCUCCAUUGAGUGCCUGCGAGAAUAAGUUCCCUCACCACAAAAGGGCUGUGGCACAACAAGGACUGCCUCCCUAUAACAUCUCUGUGUCCUCACUUUUGUAUAACCCUGGAGACAGCCUGACUGUGAUCAUCUCAGGAUCACAGCCUUUUAAGGGAUUCAUUUUAAAUGCACAGGGGACUGAAAGCUCGAUUCCUCGGCCAGUAGGAACAUUUACUCAAAUUCCAAGUUGUAUGUAUUCUCUAAACUUCUUCUUCUACUUCUCGCACAUAAUUCAAGACAGUUUAUGAGAAUGAGACAUCUGAGAAAGUAACUUUUUCUUUGUCUACUAUGAAUUUAAGAUGAAAAUAAGGGGUUCCUAGGUCUUUCUCAACCAGGGAAGAAAUUGUUUAUAACAUCGAAACUUGAAUGCCCAAAAAUUCCCAGUAAAACACUUAUAUAGGACUUCUCCUUCUUCUGCUGACAUCCCUGGGACAUCAAAUUGGACACAAGUACUAUCUCUUUAACUGUUCUUGCAAACAAACAAAAAAAGGAAACAGGAGUCCUGGCUGAUGAAGGAUAGAACAUUUCUAGCCAAUCUUUGGUGAAAGAAUGGCAAUUAUACCUUUUCUUUUUUUCGGAAGCAUUGGUGGACAAGUGGACAUAUUUUUAUUUUUCUUGCAGAUACAGCUUCUUUAGACUGUUCUGGAGAUGAAUCAAAGGUAAGGUAUUGCAUACUUAUUUCAAAUUCUUUUUAAGUUAAUUAACACUAUAGGUGUCUUGGCAGAGGAAACUAUUGUUUUUUUUUUCUGCUCAUAUUUAGGACACAGUUGGUCAUAAAAAUCCUAACCCAGCUAAGAACUUGAAUUCACUUCAGUUCACUUGGAUGGCUCCUGAAAAGAGUGCAGGGAACAUCAGCUUCAUGUCAGUAACAUAUAUGUUUUUUUUGAAGGUCAUAAUAUGUAGCUUAAACUUGCUAACAUGGGGGGUGGGAAGGAGGGUUGGCUGUGGAAUGUAAUGUGUCAUUCUUUUUGAACUCAAGCAUUUGAACUUUUGAAAAUUGGUUCAACAAAAACCCAUUCUUAAGGGCUAAAAUUGAGUUCAAAUGUCCUUCCCAAGUGUCAGAUGGUCAAUUAUUUGGUGAAACCUAAAACCUGGACCAAUGUAGACCUUUCCUCCUCAGAGCCAUCUGCUUGCAAAAGUCAACUCUUUUCCUUUAAGUACCUCCAUAUUAAAAGAUACAACUGGAAAGACUUGAUACUUAAUACUUCUGGUUCAAAUUCCCCGCCCCACCUAGGCAAGGUUCAUAUUUCCCACCACACAGGCUGGGCACGAAGGACAAUCAAAUGUUUGUGGAAUGCACGAGGGGGGAUGUUGAAGCUUUGAAUUGAUUGUUGCAUUAUUGUAAGUGUUUUGUUGGAAGUUGAAAUGUACUGAACCCUUUGUGCAAGGCACUUUAUAGUUAUAAUUGCAUAGACAGAGUUCCUACAGGAAAUAUUUGAGAUAUGCAGCAGCCAAUGUUUAAAUAUGCAGUCCCUGCCUUUUGUAGACUUUCAUGUGUUAUUUAUUUUCUAUAUACAGUGCAACCAUUGUUCAGAGCUAUUCCACUUUCUGGGAAAAAGUUUCUUCUCCUGUGGUUCAUGGUCCACCAGCAGAGGAUGUCACUAGUGGGACUUCAACAGAGAGCUUUCAGGUGAGCCCAAUGAUCAAAAAAUGGGCCCAGCUAAUAUAGGGAGGGGAAGAACCUUAGGAAUGAGCUUGCAGAGUGCCAUUCACAAGUGUUUUACUCUCGUGUUCUAGUCACAAAAGAUAACCAAAGAUGGAUGCGGGAAGACAAAGAGCUGCUAUUCUGAGCCUGCAAAUUGCAAGUCCAGCAAAGACUGUGAAUAUCUUGUGACCAUAAAACCAGAAGGGGACCAGUGUGAGUCAGGUGGAGUGGAAUUUGAGCUUAGCACCAAGAAACAAUGGGGGGCCAUUGGUUUUAACAGUGAAAAGAACAAGAUGGUGAGAAAAAUAAAUUGUGGUUAUUGAAAUUUUAAACUCAUGUGUCAAGGUAACUUUAUUGUUUCUUAUUCUAACCACAGUGCUUUGUGAGAUUUAUAUGUCACGUUAAACUCAUGCGUCAAGGUAACAUUAUUGUUUCUUCUUCUAACCACAGUGCUUUGUCAGAUUUAUAUGUCACAUUAUGAUGUCACAAUAUGUUGGCACAAUUGAAUUUGCUAAGUAUCCAAGGCAGCUAUUGACUGACCACUGGGAUUAGUCUGGUUUUGCUACACAGUGCUCUGUGAUUGGCAAAAAACUCAACCAAUCAGAAGGAAGUAUGACCUUAGUCAUGACUUGAUUAAACAAGUGAUCUGCAGUUCAGGCUGCAUACUACCCAGUGAAGGUUCCUGUUUAAUUUCUACCUUUCCUCUUACUUACUUCGGUAAUCUCUGUAAUCCUUUAACUCCCAUGAGUGACCAAGACAGAACUCCUCCCUACCAUAUCAAUACAAUAUGAAACAGAAAAGUGUUGAGGAUCAAGAAAAAUUUCAAUUAUUAGUUAAUCCAAUAACAAAUUUUCAGAACUAACAUCAUAAGAAUAGUAUGUCAGAGAAUUACUAAUGAGAUCUUGGGAGUUAAAGGGUUAACUGGUCCUAACCCCCACGACAAUCACUGUGGAACAUCAUUCUGUCACGCAACGAAAAAGAGCCAUUUCUGUUCUGGUGGUAAUGAUCAAAUCGUUGACAGCACUGCUUGUUAUUUGCUUGUUUUUAGGAUGGCACCGAUGCCUUAAUAUGCGCUGAAGUCAAGAAUAAUGUCACUGUAGAACAUUAUAUGGCCGACAAAGGGUAUGGUAUACCUACAAAGACCAAACCUGUAAGUACCUGGCAUCCUCAACUGUCCAGCGGUAUUUUUACCAGGUUACCAGUUUAGAUAUAGCUUGUAUGGAUCACAACAUGAAAUAAUGAGUAUAGAGAUGAAAACGCGCAGAUAAACUGAGUUUUUGCGAGUUUCGAUUAAGUGUGUGAUAAUUGACGUAUUUUUGUAUUCCAGACACCCGCCUCUAUUAUUGUAACUCUUGCUGAAUCAAAAGAUGGAGUUGUUGCCUGUCGGUAAGUCCCAUUCCAUCUGCGAGAGUAUCACAAGUGGAUCAGACCUACAAGUUUUCCUUAACUUUCAUGGACUCCUAUUUUUGUCCUUGAGCUUAAAGAGGCACUGAGAAUGUAAAUUAUGGCUCAAAAUCACAACAUGAUGAACCAGUCAAGGUUCGAAUCUGGACAUCUUGAUCCUAAGCCAUUGGAGUCUCCUCCCUAAACCGAGGCCAGGAAGCCUCGGAUCCAGAGUGUCAGGGGUGGGGUAGGGUUAUUUUGUCGUUUCUGCUUAGUUCCGUUUUCCUCUAACUUUUUAAUGAUAUGAAAACACCAGAGGAAGAAAUACUUCAAGAAAUUAGGUAGAAAUUCUUCCCUUUCUAGAAAUGAGAGAUAAUAAAACACGGUUGUCGUUAUUUAAAAUAGCUUUAAAAGGAAGAAGAAAGAUGACAAGAUGGUGGAUCUUACGAAGACAUGGCAUCUUGUGUAUGCAAGUGGCCCUAUGAGUAAGUGAUGUUUUUUUAAUGGUAAAUAUGUAUUCAUUAUUUGACAGUGUGAACAGUUUUUGGAUCAAUGUCAGUAUCUGAGCAACUGCGCACCUACUCCUCCCCUAACUCAAGAUAAAGCCUAACUUCUUAUCGGUUGACUGCAGUUGGGUUGGUGGGGGGGGGGGGUAGAUGUGCAGUUUCUCAGAUACUGAUAUUGAUGCUUUUCUUCAUAAACAGGCGGAGACAAGAUAGGCAUACACUCCACUACUCCAAAAACCAGCCCUCAGAAAGUGGACGUCUGUGCAAAGGGAGAGCUUGUUGCAGCAGAGAAGAGCAUUACAUUGGUACAGGUUCAUGGUAAGAGAGCUGAUACUGUGGUUAAAACGAAGUUCAUUCAAAGAAACCAUUUUUGGGAAAAAUUCACAAUAGUCUAAUUAAUCUAAUAUUUAUUUUAAACCUGAUAAAUCUCGAACAAUCGACGACCGAUUUCAUGGUGCUAUACACUACGCGCAACACGUCAAUUAUUAACAAAAGAUAUUUGGAAAUUUCCUAACACGGUAAAACAAAAGUCUAAUAUGUCUAGCUUUAAUCAUUUUGAGAACCAAUGACUUAACCGCAAUCUUCAACGUUAUCAGAUGAUUCCUACACUAGUGUCUGAUCUUAGACACUAAUGUCCGAUUCUAGACACAAGUGUCCGAUUUUAGACACUAGUGUCCGAUUUUAGACGUUAGUAUCCCAUUUUAGACACUACCGUCCAAUUUUAAACAAUAGUGUGCAAAAUGAGAAAGUAUUUUCAGUCUUGACCCUUUAUUUCUCACAGGCUGUUUAAUGGUUAUCGCGUGGAUUGGCUUUGCGUCGAUUGGAAUGUUCAUUGCUCGUCACAUGAAGGUGUUGUUUGGCCAGAGGGUUCUGCUUGGCACCAAAAUGUGGUUUACAGUAAGACUUUUAUUCUUUCAAACAAAGUUUUAUCAAAACACUUGUCGGUAAUUACGUUAACGGGAGGAGCACCGUACUUCACUUUUUAUUCUAAGUAUCGUGUUGAUUUGUUAUUUGGGGAUAUAACAGCUCAGAGUUAGUUUCUCAUUCGCUGAUGAUAAUGAAAGAUAAACCGACAGAAAUUUUUUACGGGUUUGCUGGAAGAGUGAAAUAUUUUGGAUAAAUUCCAGUAUCUAAGCAACUACGCACCUACCUCUCCCCAAACCCAACAUGAACCCUAACUUGUUAUAAAUUGACUGUUGUUAUGUUAGGGGAGGGGUAGGUCCGUUGUCGCUCAGAUACUGACAUUGGUCCAUAUUUUGAUUGUUAUCUCUCAGCUUCACCGAUUGUUAAUGGUCUUGACAGUUGUGCUUACUAUUCUUGGAGUUAUCCUCAUCUUUGUUCAUGCUGGUCGCUGGACCAAGGUAGGACUAAAUCUUCGUAUCCUGUAUCUUCUCUAUAUUGGUUAGCUGGGGACAUUAGAGAACCCACGCACUUCUCGCAAAGUGAAAUUUCCUUUAAAAAGUUUUGUUAACUGCCUUAAGCAGUCUAGCCACAGUCCUCUAAAAACUGAUGUAAAUGAUGUAAAUGAUAUAUGUGCAUUAGAAAAUAUUCAUAUGGAGAAACCGCUAUAUAAAUGCAUCAUUAUCAUCGUCUUCCUAAUCUGCGUGACGCCUCAGCCAAUCACAACCAGUUAACCAAUGACAACGUCAAUUUACGUCAUAUCCCCGGUGCAUAGCGCUAGUCUAGAGUUUUCUAGUGGUGGAUUGUUGAUUGAACAAGAGGCUAGGCUUGUAUUAGGCCUAUCGAUUGGCUACAUGGAUAGAUAGUUCCCAGCCCUUUCUUUUCUUUUACUCACAGGAAGCUGGCGCUCAUCCAAUCACUGGUAUAUUUGUACUGCUGCUCGCUGUUAUUCAACCAAUUAUGGCAGUAUUCAGACCCCACCCUGGAGAAGAAAAGUAUGUUUGGAGAGUAUUUUUUUUCUUUCUUUUCUCUUAUGUAUCCUUAGUGUUCAUGUUCCUUAUUGUUGGUGUUGCUUUUCUUUAGACGCUACAUCUUCAACUGGGCCCAUCGUGGUGUGGGGCUGUCUGCACUGAUCCUGGCUGGUAAGGAGUCUUUUGAAUCAAAAUAACUUUAGAAUGAUCACUGGCUCAGCUCUUUAGCUUCUUGAACUGAAAAACGGGUUACUCCUUGUUAUAUUAACGAUACACUGUGACACCAGAUUCCCUUGAUUAAUUUGUACAGAAAAUGGAAACUAACUCAGUAGAUGGGAGAAUCGCAAAGCAGAUCUCAGGAGUUAAAGAAAGAUGAUACUGUGCGGGAAACGUUUGCGACUCUCUUUUAAACAUCAUACAAAGUCACGCACUUAAGAGAUCACUGAACUGUCAAACAGAUUAGAGGCUGAAAUUAUCUCCAAUUUACACUGAUGGUUUUCAGCAAUUUCUUUAGAUACUAACCCCUUAUUUUUAUUUAUAUAAUACGUCUUAAACUUUUCUUUGUUAAACUUCACAGUGGUGACUGUGUUCUUUGGUCUUCGCCUUCCUCACUCAAGGCUAGGUGACCCCGCCUUGUACCCCAUGAUCGCCUAUUGUGUGGCUUUGAUUCUUGUGGUUGCUUACGACAUUUACGAUACUUUGACGACGUCGCGUGACGGAGCAUCUUUCAACGUCGGUCCGUUGGGAGGGAAAGAAGGUGAUUACUUGUGUAGUAAGGAAGCUAAGUAUCAAUCAGAACUGCCCGUCAAGAUCAGUCAGUGUCUAGAUUUUAUACACUAUUUUAAGGAAUUCUUUCAAAGUGAGAUUAAAGCGUUCAAAAAUGGUCAUAUUCUUCAGUAAACCUACUAUUCUUUUGGCCAUUUUCAAUUGAUUCUAAUCUCCCUCGUGUGAGCCAGUCACGUGACUCUUGUCGUAUUUUUAUGUCUUUUUGAAUGACAGAUGGCAAUGUUGAAUUGCAGCCCCCUGGCGUUCCGGUAUGAAAAUUCGUUUCAUUAUAUCUUGUCUUGUUGUAUCUUUUGCUAUGCUUAAUUCUGGUCCCGUGGAAGUUUAACGAAUUUAAACGCUUUCAUGCCUCAACCCUUAAACUCCAUGUGUGCUAAAACAGCAUGUCUCCUUACAAUUACAAGUGAUGUUAACAAAGAAAAAUACUUAUUUGGGGAUUAUUUAUUGAUCCAAUAUCAAAUUCUCCAAACAAACACCAUAAGAAUUGUAUGACAUACAGUGAGGAGAACUACUAAUGAGAUUUUGGGAGUGAAAGGUUAAAUGAAGCCAGUGCAUUAUGAUCAGCGAUAUAGGUGACGUAAAAUGCGUUCUUUGUGAACUCCUGCUGAGGGAGAAAUUCUUAAUUUCCUUCUCUUCCAGUUGUCCAAGCUUUGUGUGCAAAUAGGGUAAUACUCUCUGUGGAUGUUUUCUUUCGGUUCUCACCCGUUGCUGCUUUUUUUUCCUUUUUGCAGGCUGGAAAUAAACGCAAGUUUCUGUUCGCCUUUACGGUUCUUGUUUCAGUUGGUGUUGUGGUUGCACUUUUGGUGCUGAUUGCAAUCGCUGACGGAGAAUCUCACGAACAUGAUCACGACAGCUAAAUCAAAAGUCAAGGAGUGAGUUUAUAAGGGUGUACUAUUAUUUCAAUAUGCGGACCAAUCAAUCCCUAAGUUGAAAGUGCGGAGACUCGUAGAAAGAAUCUAUCUGAAUUUUCUUCCUGAAAACAUUCAACUAAAACUUUUCAUUUUCUUCUUGUACAGUCCUUUAAAUCUCAUCCAUCGUUUAUCAUCUGUAUUUCUUUUAUUUAUUCUUUUAUAUGUGAUGUUUGUCCAAAUCUGCAUUCAAUUUAUGAUAAUCUUACAUCCUGGUUUACCCUCAAAUGCCAUUGGGUCGCUAGUGUCGAACUGACCCUGUCUCCACCCCUCCAGAGAAUCCUGCUUAUACUCUUUUUAGGUGUUCUUCUACUUAAAGUUGUUUUUAUAGUUCCUCUAAGGCAGCUCUUUCUCUCUUUGCAGGUCAAUGCAACAAAAUUCUUCAAGCGGAGGGUGCAGAUAUUACAGCUGACGGCAUAAUGAUUAACUUAUGAACUGAAGUGGUACCACAUCAGUCGUAUAAGAACUAGUUGAUAGUGAACUUUUUGUUAGCCUAUUUAUCUUUUUAAUAAGGAUAUAUCUGUAUACUUUCUUAAUUAUUUUCAGCGAAUAUCACUUUUUUAUCAGGAUGUAGCUGUUUUUUUUUUUUUUAGGUGAAAUGUUAAUAAGAGUAAACAGUUAUUAACAGAUGAGGUGGUAGAGGUCAUACGUUUAUGAAGAGAUAUAUAGACUAGUAAAGAGUGUUCGGAAGAUGUUUCCUUUAGGUAAUAGUAUGCAUAAUGCUGAUAUAUUUGAAUGAUUUAAACUCUAGCAAAUAUUUACACAUUUUAACGAUGAUUUAUCGUAAAUAAAACAGUCAUAUGUUUGAGAAAGGGUUUCCUAUAGAGGUCUUGGCUCAUUUCAAAGCCCUAUUUGCAAUUGUUUUACACCAUGUUUUUACAAUCUCUUCAGAGAAGUCUCUGGCUGACACACUCUUACUCAUUGAGAGCUUGACUGUUUCAAGUCAAUUAUGUGAUUUAUAAUGGUAAUAGGACCGAGUGGAGUCCAAUUCGGUCCGUAAUCACACGAGUGAUUAACGAUUUGUCCAUUACGAGUAUUAUAACAGACAGAAUUGGGAGACAAAAAUCGAGUUACCAAUUAAUCAUAACCUUUACAAUUUCCGAAAACAACAAUACAUUUAGGACAAAUAUCUGUGGUAGAGACAAAGUCUAAGUGAAAAAUUCAACUUUGGAAAUUUCACCAUUUUUUUAGGAUAAGUGGUUGUUGCUGUGGUUGUGAUCAAUUCUGUGAUUGGUGGAUUUGGCUGAAAGGACUGAGCAUGAUUCGAAAUUUCAACUGCUCGAUUACAUCACAUUUGAGUAAAUUGUAAUUGUUAUGAUUAAGGGGAGAACUGAAGGGUGUUAUAUCUGGGAACGACUUGAUAUUCGCCCUUGUGUAGCCCGGUGAAGUUUCAUGUUACUGUAGCGACAGUUACGAGACUUCAGUGCAGUCUGCACCACGUGACUGAUGAUUGAGAAACCUUUCCGUGGUUAAAACAACUUAUAAAAAUUUAGACAACUUCCUGUACGACCAAAGGAGCAUUGCCGAAUAACGUACAGUAUUUACAAUUAAAGAAAAACUGCGAAAAUAUCAGUAAAUCCCGACACUCGAGAGAUAAACUUACCAGAAAGUGGGUGAAAAAAACGUUGGCUAAUGAGAAAAAACCGGUAUACAAAUACAUCCCAGACUAUUUAUAGGCUUGGUAUAACAGAGAAUGGAAACAAUCACCGAAAAAAAAGGGAAAAAAACUCUAAAAUGAAAUUAAAAAAUUAAAAAAAAAAAAACAGCAAGUUCUCCAGGACGGGAUCUGCGCCCUAUCUGGUACCGCGGUUUCGCGGUCCAAUGCUCAACCCACAGAGCUGUGGGGAACUUGCCAUGAAACAGAGAGCAAAUUUAAGUCAAAAUGUAACGAGUCGACAACGUAAUGCUGGGAUCAAGUGCGCAAACAUUCUGAGGGAAGAAGUGUUUUGACUCUCAGAUGACAUCAGAACUAAAACUCUGCUAUUUGCCAGUUAUAUAAUGUUCAAAUUCAGGGGUGCUCUCAUCCUAAAUUUAAAGGUGUGGAAAAAGGGUAAAAUUGAUACUAAGUGGAUAAAAAAAGCGUCGGCUAAUAUAAUGUACCAAAAUGAAAAUAACAGUUUAAAGACACGUCCCAGACUACAUAUAAGCUUGGUAUAAAAAUCGAGAACGAAAUAGUGAAAUUAACAUUGACAAGGCCUAGACCAGAGGCACACGUUAACUCUUUCACUUCCAAGAUCUCAUAAGUUAUUCUCCUUACAGUAUGCCAUACAGUUCAUAUGAUGUUAGUAUGGAGAAUUUAGCAUGGGGUCAACAAAUAACCCCAUUAAUGAUUUUUUUCUUGAUUUUCAUCACAUGUGCUUAAUGUUGCAUUGCUAUUGUAAGGAGAAGUCCUGUCUUGGUCACUCGUGAGAGUUUAAGAUUCAUCAUAAAAUCGUCCUUACAAUUCCGUGAGCUAUAUUUUAUUCAGUGUUUUGUAACAAUCUUAACAAAGAUGAUCAACUUGAGUGGUUUAAUAAGCGUGACUGUGCAUUAACCUGUUUUCCCGGUCUCGAAUAUCAUUAAACCCCAUUGUUUCAAGAAGCACCGGUCGUUGUGAUCAGGACUUGUCGCGCGCUCGAAUCAGUGCUGCACAUCAAGAAGCAAAGGAAUCGCUCGGAAAGAAUUUUGCAAAAAACGCGCAACAUGUUUGACAAAGUGGUAAGUGAUUAUCCAAAACUAAAAUGAUCUUAAUCAUUGACUCGAUCGUGAACAAAGCAGGACAGAACCGAAGUGCCCAUAUUUGAAAUAGAAACAAGAAGAAAAGAAACGACAUAAAAAUAAUUGUAAUAAGACGGAUGACCUAAGGAGUCAAACGCAGGUUGCAGUUUUCCCUGAGUUUGGUAGGGGAACCACGACACUUACAUUAAGGCUCAUAAGCCUGUGAGACCAUCAUGUGUUGUUAUUCACAAGGGGGAGUUCAGUGACGCGUAAACUUCAGAACAACAGAUAUAUGAAAAUUUUUUUGCAUCGUAGUUGAAACAUUUACGUGAUUUCUAGACUCACAAACAUUAUUAUAGUAGAGUUAGCUAUUUGGUUCGUGAGGGAACCACUAUCUUGUUAUCUUGAACAGCACUGUGAUCGUAAGUGCUCUGUGUGCAAUCAUGCUUAAGAUUCUUUCAUGACUUUGCAAAACUCAAAACCUAACGAAGGGCUAACGCUCGAAACGCUAGCUUGAAAACUCUUUACGGCGGCCAAGUCACGUUAUCAACUCAGUUGAUAACACUUCAUUACCCUGUUAUACUCUCCCACCAACCCAGCAUCACAGUUUAUUUAGAAACCUACCCCUUCGUUAAAAAAUAAUGCUAGUUUGCUUCGCACUAUGCAUGUCCUACUAAUGAUGGAUUGUUAGGAUAGGCAAAUUCCCCGUAAAAUACUCGCUGAUUUUCUCGUUUGGCUCAAUUUGGAAUAAGCGUUGUACUUAAAUUACCAGAAUAAACCUACGUAAGCUGACUCUGAACACGUCUCUAUCGGAAAAUAGAGAGGAUUGAAGGGCUCUUUCAAAUUUCCUUUUAGUUUUGUCAUAGAAUGUUGCAACUUCUCUGCUGUUUCAAAACUUUUUUAGGUGAAAACGGUCGUUUUUCGCACCUUCGAUUGUAAUGACAGUGCAAAAGUUUGCUGUGCAUGAAAAGUCAGUGCAAUGUCGAGACUUACUUUUUCAUCUUACGUAAUAACAACUGACCUGCUUACUCAUGUGUAUCUGUCGUUUGAAGUUGUUUUCCAGACUCCUGGCAGUGUUUACGUCUCAACUGAUGACUUGCAUUGGGUACCCAACACAUGUGCCAAUCACAGUUUGCGAAAGCCUUUUUGCGUACCAUUUUACUCAGCCACCCCCGGCCUUACCCACUCCCCCUCAACCGCCCAACACAAAUCCAUACAGAAUCCACGUGAGUAAUGAGAGCUAUGCACGAGAUGGUCAGCUGACUGUAACGGUAAAUGGUACCAAGGGUUUUAAGGUGAGCCUAGGGUUUUUAUUGAGGUAAUCAUGCUGAAAAAUAGUUUCAAUUUCUCUGAGUUUUUUCUUACUGACCCAUAUCAUUCUCCCUUUUGUCAGCAACAUUAAGUCCUCUGUGUCAUAAAGUCUUGUCAUAACGUCUCUUUUUCUCUAUCUCUGUGGAAGGGGUUCAUACUUCAGGCGCGUGCUGCAGGGGAUUCAAGACCUGUUGGUACCUUUCAGGGGAACCUGUCUCCGAACCAAACCUAUAUGUGGUGUUCCGGUGGAGAGCCACAGGUAACCAGCUUUUGAUUUCAUUUUUGCUCCCCUUCUCAGUGACCGUUACUCUGGUCUCUUCUGUUUGCUCUCUCUUUUCUUUCUGUAUCCAUAACCACAAUGAUGAGCAAUUCGAUUAUCCUGAAUAUCCCUCACUUUUCAUUUAUUUCUCUUUUGUUAACAGAACACAGUGACACACCAACGUUCCAGACCACCACAGAUUACCGCCUUUUAUACGCUUGAAUUUACCUGGAAAGCACCAGCAGAGAGCGUUGGAAAUAUCACAUUUUGGUUGGCAACAAUUUAUAUUUAUACUGGCGUAGGCUAGAAGACGGAUCCAAGUCAUUUUACUACUGUCGAUGAACACCGUUUUGUUUACAAAAAGGGGGGCAUCAUCUCUGAUUACAUACAUUCAAUUUUUCAAUCUUAAGCUAAAGAAACUCCUUUAAACCUUAUUUUCUUCGAUUCAGGGGCACCUUCGUCGAAAAUUACACCAGUUUUUGGGUCGGUGUCCAGUCUGUGACUGUCAGUGGUCCUGUAUUGGACCCACAACAGCCACUAGUGAUACAGCCUGGCUUUGAGGUAACACUGAGUGUUGGUUGUAUCUGACUCUUCUCCAAAAUAAGUCGCAUGAGAAAUCUGUACCAGACAAUAAUUCCGUAUUUUGACAUCUCACAAGCGGGAAAGACGGAAAAAUGCGACUUAGAACAAUAACUAGCUUGUAUAACUGGCGGCUCUGUCAGGGUGCACUUGACGAUGGCUCGCGAAGUCGCCCCAAGCCUUCCGCGGCUUAAUCGCCCUUUCCCUUUGCGUAAAUAAAACGGGCUGUUAUUUGUUUUUGUUGAAGGAUAUGGAUUAUAUAACAACGAAUAACGCUGACUUGAAAUUUACUUUAUAUGUUAUUCGUGCCAUGUUAUCUAUUUAUUAGGGGAAUAAUUUUCGUCAUGAUAAAUUCUCACUUUCGGUUCCCAUGUUGGAGCGGUAUACUUGUUGCGUUUUCUAUCCUGUUGAAGAUCAUUCGACAAUCAUUUGUUAUUGUGUUCUUUAGAUAACGAAAAAUGGUUGCGGCAGCCAAAAAGGUUGUUAUUCUGAGCCCACAGACUGCACAGAUAGUUCAAACUGCGAAUUCUUGGUCACCUAUGAAACAGAAGGAGAAAAUGUUACAUUUGAGACGAGUGGAAAACAUGGCUACGUUUCUAUCGGAUUCAAUUCCAAGCAGAAAAUGGUACGGUGAAAUUAUAGUAUACAGUUAACAGUAGUUUGUAUGUCAAGUGAAGCUUGAGCAUUUUCAAGUUUUCUAACAGUUCUCUGAUACACAUCAACAUAAACGAAAGUUUUCGAGUAUGUUGAAUGCACACCAUUAGUAUAAUUUCCAUGUUAGUGUGAGAUAACAGACAUAAAUGUUUUUAACAACUUGGCAGUUUCCAUAUUGACCUUUAGCCUACUGCGUCUCAUGCUUAUGCUUCAUGCUAGCCAAACUGAAGUUUCCUUAUGGUCAUUUUUGUUUCAGGACCAAACGGACUCGAUUACUUGUUCAACUUCAUCCAAUAACGCUGUAGAAAUUAGACACUAUCACUUAGAUUACAAUCAGCCAAUCAGAACUGACUUGGUAAGGAUCGACAUAUGUAUUCUCAUACUGACAUCGCUUGUUAAAUACUUCGGUUCCACUCAGAACUGAUUAUCAUUAUUGUUAUCGUUAGGAAAACUCUACGGACAUAAUUCGCGAUAUGGGAGCGUAUGAGAAUGGAACUUGCAAGUAGGUAAUUACGGUCUCAGGAAUCGCUGUAUAUGUCAUGCUUGUACAUCAAAAUGCAUUCCUAAUGAGGAGUAGUAAAACCAAAAACCAAAGUAAUCACAACGGCCAGUUAGUACAAAAUAAUUUCUUCAAAGAAACAAUUGACGGGCGCACUACUUCGAGUUAUUUUUAACAAAGUAACAAUGUACUUACAUAUCUAUUGGUAGGUUUGUUCGCAAAAUUUCACCCACUGAUCCAAGGAUGAAAAAUUUAACCAAGAGCUGGUUUUUUGUAUUUGCUUGGGGUAAAGUCAGUAAGUAUCCUUAAUCACAUUUUCUUUUAUCAUCUAAACGAAGAUUAUGUUCGUUUACGUUCUGCUGAAAAAGUUGCUUUCUCUAGUAGGUAAUGAUCCUGGCCAACCGAGGGCAAUUUUGCACAAACCUAAACAAUGCACUUUUUAAAGGGCAGUGUUGUUUUGAAAGAACACAUUUUAUUUUUGCUUAAUUUGUAUGAAUUUUGCCUUUUUUUACUUUAAACUCAUACCCGUUUGUUUGUUUGUUUGUUUGUUUUUUUUUUAGGUAACACAGGAGCUCUUUCUUAUCAUAGAGAAAAUGCGACAUUUUCCUCAGAACUGGUGAAUGUUAGCCAACCUGCUGUGCUAAAAAACGGGCGUAAAACAGCACCAGCACCAGCACCCACCCCCGAAGGUGAACUUGAGGUAAGUAAGAAACAGAAGGCAAAUUUGUAGACUGACAUAACUCUUCGCUUUUUCUUCGCUGACCAGUUUUUUAAAGAGUCAAGAAAUGGUGUCAAAUCGCUAUCAGCCCCAGAUUUUACGAACUAUCAGCUGUUUCGGCCAAAUUGUCUGCCCACGCUGACGGUAUUCCUACGUUUUACUUUCUCUUUCAGUUUUUAACUUCUCAAUGUGGCCAAACAAAGAGUUGUUACUCGGAGCCCACAGACUGUACAUCUAGCAGCACCUGUGACUAUCUUGUCACAUUCGAACCUUGCGAAGACAAGAAUGACGUCAAAUUUGAGUUGAGUGCGAAGACUGGUUGGGUCGCCAUCGGAUUCAACAAAGAGAGCAAAAUGGUAAAUGAGAAAGCCUUUGCGUAGAUGAAAGCUUCAUCGACAGUGGCAAUUGCCUUCGUGAAAUCAUUACCCAUUCCUUUACAUUUGCUUCAGGACGGUACAGAUACUAUUAUCUGCUCUCGCUUAAAUGAUGACACUGUAGCCACGGAGCACUAUAGCCUGACUGGCCAUGACAAUCCAGUUCAAACCAAACCGGUGAGAAAGAUUUGUGCGUUUAGACCAGGGUUCAAAAUAUAUAUGUAUGGUCAGGUUUCGAAUGAGACUGAACGUGGCCAUAUGUGUGUGCAUGUGUUUUUGUUUUUGUUUGUUUUUUUCGAAUCCUUUACCCUUUACUUAAAAUGGAAAGAGAGAAGGAAAGCCCAUCUUGCGAGUUCAAUUCCAACUUUGUUUUAUGUUAAGUCUGUUUUUCGUCCAUCUCUAGUCUUAAAACCUUUUUACUUAUUACAUUUUGUGCGCAAGCUGUGUAACUAAACCUUUUGGUUUAAACCAGACUCCUGCAGGCCUUAUGGUGAUCUCUGGUGCGUAUGAAGACGGAGUCAUUAAGUGUAGGUGGGUACUAUCAUUGGUUAGUUGUGAAAAUAUAAUCGAAAAAAACUUAAAACGUAUAAUCCUUUGACAUUCUUUUCAGAAAGUUAUGAAAAUGUCUGAAUCUUUGGUAGCAUUUAAGUUGAAUACUUAUUUUAAAACACUUUCUUUUUAAUGUUCUCUCAGAUUUUCUCGAAAUAAAACAGCAAAUGGCAUGUUAGGAUUGGACCAAGAAGUGUUCUUAAUUUACGCUCGUGGUGAUGUGAAUGAUACGUUGGGAAAUAUUUCUCAUCAGUGAUUCAAUCAGCGUAAGACCUACCUGGUGUAUUCUCACUGCCGUUUAUCAUAACUGUAUUUUCUUAUUUAUUAUCUUCAGGUGGUAUACUUAUCCGGCACACUCACAGGUCACCCAGCACAAGUAAAGUCGAUGUUUGUAAACUGAACACCGCGCUCGAGAGUAAGACUACGGACAACAAGCUACUGAAAGCUCACGGUAACUAGAGUUUGAUAUUUAGCUGUGAAAGGUUAUACAAAAAUAGGAUGAUUCCUUUUUGUCUCUGCUUACUUCUUAUCGUUCGUCAGGUGUUUCAUAGGAAAUUUUAUAUCCCAACAAGUAGAGGCGAGGGGGGGGGGAAUUUAUCUCAUCUCAAAUGACAGUUAUUAACUUCCCAAUGUAGGCUCAAUGAGUACUUUUAAUACUUUAGGGGAGUCUGCGUACUAAGCUCUUACUAAUGUUUUACUCUUUAUUGAUAUUUAGGCUCGCUAAUGGUGGUGGCCUGGGUUGGGUUUGCAACUCUGGCUAUGUUUGCCGCGCGUUACAUGAAGGACGCCUGGGGAAAACUAUUUGGACUUAAGAAGUGGUUCCAGGUAAUCUUGCCAACUUUUCAUCGAGGCAACAGUAAGGAAAUAUACACUGAAAUGACCACCAUCCCACUUUGCUGAGUUUGUCAGAAAUUUUGCGUACGGUGAUAGUUUUUUGAAGGGCCGCCCGGCAUAAUUGGGAUGGUUUAGUUGCAUAUAUAGUAGAAUGAUAUAGUUCAAAAGUUAAAUUUUUCGUUCCCUCUUGACUGAUCAAACCCCCCAAGCGGAAUGUUAACACAUAAAUAACUAGCGAUCAUUUAGUGGAAAGUCUCUUAGACAGCUUGAUUUUAUUUCUGUCUUUGGGUAAUUCACCUGUUUCUUUUAGGUUCACAGGGCACUGACUGUAAGCUGUUUGAUAUUCACUCUAGUCGGUUUUGUGCUGGUUUUUGCUCACGUCGAAGGCUGGUCUGAAGUAAGGAAAAACUGUCACUGUUGGUUUAACGUAGUGCUUUAAUCUGUAUGUGACAUCUUUAGGUUCAUUUACUCAUGCUAAGUAGACAUCAAAGUUCUAUACUCUAAUUAAGUUUCUGAACCUAUGCCUGAAGUAGUUAGCAUGCAAUAACCUUUUUGUUAAAAGUCAGUUCUCUUUCAUUUUCGUACGCCUUCCAGUUGGUAGAAACAAAAGACUGAGAUAUUUCUUUUGUACUUUAGGGCUCGGUAAUAUCUCUGUCAACCCUUAACUGAUUUUAUCGUGUAUUAAUCAUCAGGCAGAUGUGGCACACUCUGUACUAGGGGUUAUUAUCACUCUUCUUGUCUGUGCACAGCCCAUUAUGGCGCUCAUGAGGCCUAAACCAGCAGCAGAGAAGUAAGGAAAUAUAUCGUGCUGUAAACUCAAUUUAGUUUAAGAACAAUUUCGAAAACAUUGGUCGCCAAAGUGUGACGGUGGACUUAUUACAUUUUUCUGUUCUUGCGCAUAGUCGAUGGAUUUUCAACUGGUGCCAUCGUUGCGUUGGCAUCUCUGCAUUUAUUCUUGCGGGUGAGUUUUGAUAGAAAAUAAGUAAUUUUCUUAACCUUUGUUAUCAGUAGGCACUAAUAAUUAUACUGACAUUCUUAUUUAUGUCGGUUUUUAGUGGCCAACAUAUUCCUUGGCCUUCGCCUGCCUCAUUUAAACGCUGAAGUCGGAGUUUAUCUCAUGACCUUUUUCUGCGUCGGCCUGGUAGCAGUUGUUGCACUUGAGAUCUACAUUAGGUGCCAAAAGAGUAAGAAAGGUAAGAUCCUACGGCGCGUACGAUGGGUCGUCCUUGUCACUUACCAAUGAUUUGUAUACAAUUGCGCAAGACGAACGUCGAAAGCUAUGAUAGGUCUCGUCUCCUGCGUUGGUACCGCUUCUCUCGUCAUAACCUUUUUUUUUUACUUUUGCAGGACUACUUUACAUGACCUUUGGAUUCCUCGUUGUCCUAACCAGUACUGUUUGUUUUGCCCUGCUUCUUUUCAUUACCAUGGAAACUUGAAACCCAAAACCUCAGGACUUCUGUUGACCCUUUUGUUCGACUCGGAAAUGCUUCUGUCAUUCAUACCUAUUACCAAGGCAACUUUAAGAAUUAAUAAGUGAAUCCCACGACACGACUUUAUCCAGCGUGUGUUACUUAGUAGAGAUUCUUGUUUUAAACUCGUCUUCUUUUCUGAUAUUUUAUACGCAAAAUCUUCAAUCAAUCCAUCGCAACAUAAUGGAACUGUACGUUACUUAACCUCGAAGGUUUCAGUCAUGUAUGUUGUAGCCUAUUCUUGGCGCUCAACUGGUAAACAAGGCAGUUAUAAUUUCUGCGGGGCAAACUGUAAGAGACUGCUUCCAACCAUUAUCCUGAUCACGAUCUGUUCCAGACCUCCCUCGUUUAUUCGCUUUUUAUCACGCCCCUUUACCAACUAAUUGCCAGGAACAGGUUAACCGUUAGUUUAUAGAUGGAGAAUCUUAAAGAUAAUUUUAUAUUCUCGGGAUAUAUUAUUCUUCAACCAACAACAACCUGUUGUAAUAGAGGUUUUGGCUCUUCAGCGCAGUCAAGUACAUAUACAAUGAAUGAAAUAUUUCAUCGUUGAUCUCACGAUGUUGUUGCUUCGGAUUUGUGCCUUUCAUUGGUCAGUUAUGGGGAAAAAAGAAAUUAAAAGGUUCUAUCUCGUCAACACUGACAAAGCGUG